AUGAGCCGUAUCUUAAUAACAGGUGUCACCGGGUACAUCGGCGGAGACGUGUUGUAUGGCAUUUCCCAAGCUUUGACCUCUUCAAGCAUUGUAGCUCUAGUUCGAAAUGAGGCUCGAGCAGCUGCAGUCACAGAGAAAUUCCCGAGUGUGACCCCCUUGAUCGGAGACCUGGAUUCGACCGCAAUAAUCCGCCAAGAAGCGCAAGAGGCCGAUGUCGUGCUAAACCUUGCGAGUUCUAGCCACGGGGCGAGUGCUAAGGCAAUUGCAGAGGGGCUGGCGAAGACAGAACGCAAGUCUCCAGGAGUUUCGGAGGUCCAGGAUAUAAUCACUACAUCUCCUAAGAGAGUUGUGGACCAUAUCCUUCGAGAUCUGAAUUUUAGUCAGCCAAACAUCCGUACGGCAACAGUGUAUGGACCUCUGAUCUAUGGUCAAGGCAGAGGCCCGGUCAAUAAGCGGAGCAUCCAGCUUCCAGACCUAGCAAAGGCUACCCUGAACUAUGGCCAUGGCGUUCAUGUGGGGAGGGGUCUUAAUGCUUGGAGCAAUAUCCAUAUCACUGAUUUGACUCGUCUGAUCGUGGCAUUAGUUUUAGAGGCAUCGCGACCGUCUAAUCCGCAGCUGUGGAAUGCGAAUGGAGUAUUCUUUGCUGAAUCUGGGCGGAUGUCCUUUGGAGACAUUUCCAAGCGAAUUUCAGUCUUCGCUCACUCCAAGGGCCUUAUCAGAUCACCCGAAUCUGUCGACAUCGAUGCAGAAACUGCGGACAGUCUCACGCCCCAUGGAUCUGUGCUUUGGGGCACAAAUGUGCAGUAUCAAGCUAUUCGAGCGAGGGAACUCCUUGGCUGGUGUCCACAAGGCCCUAGUCUUGAGGAAGAGAUUCCUCGAGCAACUUUAGUCGAGGCGACAUCUGGUCGCUCGAAAUCGCUGGAGAAAUUAGCCUGAGUCUGAUGAUGUUCUUUUUAUGUGUUCAUGGUAGAUAAUCUAUAAGCUGGCCAACUAGGUUAUGCUCGAAUAUACAUCGUCCAAUGCAAUAAGGGCCUUUUUCUUCUUCAUUCUCCCGCCUUUCCAACCACUAGCAUAGUGAGGAUAUGAAAGUAUAUCUACGUAUUGGUGUUAGUUCCAUUAUCACUCCUUGGUGUGCCCAAUUUGGUGUGCACGCCUACAAUAAAUGUGGAUUGUAGUGGCAAAGCUGCCGAUGACAAAUCAUUUGGCGACCUUCCAAGACCACUAACUAUGACACUUACCCCCAGUUUCGGA